UCUAACCGGAAAGAUGGCGACGAUCUGUCAACAGCAGCUACGUUUUAUCAAAUAUGCCAAAACUGCUAAACCCACUGCGACCGAAGAAAUUCGCAAAAUAUGAAAGCUUUCGCCUCAAAGCAUGCUAAACGACCAAAAGUGUUCUUUUCGUCGUAGAAAAUUUUCACGGACAUCGAAUUUUUGCGUGUUCUCGUACAUAUCUGAAUUCUAUUCGCUGCGACAUUUACUACGAUGGCACUACAGGAGGGAAACACCUGGAUACUAGAAUUGGAAGCAGCGCUUCUAGAUACAGAAGCACCAUCUGCAUCUGAUAUUUAUGCAAUUUGUAAAGGCCAACCAAUUCCUACAAAUUUAAGGCCAGAUGUUUGGCAGGCUUGUUUAUAUGUUACUGAUCGACGUGAUCAGUUGAGCCAGUUUAAUGAAGUUUAUGAUUUACCUGAACAAAAUGUAAUUCGUGAUGAUUGUCAACAAUUAGUAGCAAAACUUGGCAAUGAGGAUGAGGAUAAAGUUUCUGUGGUUUCUGAUCUUGAAUCUAUACUAACAUUUUAUUGUAAAAGUAAAUGCAAACAAUAUGAAAGGGGAAAUGGAUGGUUAGAAUUAUUGGCCCCUUUAAUAGCUUUAAAAUUACCACGUGCUGCAACUUAUAAUCUUUUUGAGGCAAUAAGAGAUGUCUAUAUUCCAAGAGGUGAAGCAUAUAGUUCAGUUUUAAGAUUACUAUUACUCUAUCAUGAACCAGAAUUGUGUUCGUUUUUGGAUACAAAAAGGAUAUCACCUGAUCAAUAUACAAAAGUAUGGAUGAAUACAUUAUUUGCUGGUGUCUGUUCAUUGCCAGCAAUCUGUACUAUGUGGGAUCUAUAUUUUAUGCAAGCUGACCCAUUUUUCAUGCUGUUCCUCUCACUUAUUAUGAUUAUAAAUGCCAGAGAGCAAAUUUUAAGUAUGAAGGACGAGGAUAAGCAAAAUAUAAUAGAUGCCAUAGCUAUAAUGCCAUGUGCUCUAGAAGCAGAGGAUGUAACCGAUUUCUGUUCAUUGGCACAGUACUAUGCGAUGAAAACGCCAACGUCUUUUAAACAGGAUUUGUAUCCUAUAAUGUUCGGAGAAAAUUCUGACGAGAAAUCAAUAUCUCACGCAUUAUGCUUACCAGUAUCGGCGCAAGAAUUAGUAGAAAAUGCUAUUGAGGCUCCAUCCAUAUCUAAUAAUACUGUUGAGGCUGUUAGAUUCUUUCUUGUAGAUUGUAGACCUGCAGAACAAUAUAAUGCAGGUCAUUUACCAACAGCAUUUCACCUUGAUUGUAACUUGAUGCUUCAAGAACCUGCUGCAUUUGCCACAGCAGUGCAAGGUUUAUUGCAAGCUCAACGUCAAGCGCUAGCUGUUGGUUCGCAAGCUGGUGGAGAACAUCUUUGUUUUCUAGGAAGUGGUAGACAAGAGGAAGAUCGUUAUACGCAUAUGGUAGUAGCAUCCUUUUUACAAAAGCAUACACAAUAUGUGAGCAUGGUCACUUCUGGCUAUCAAGCUAUUCAUGAAUAUUUUGGUGAUGAAGUAGUAUCGAGUCUCGUCGAUCACAAUUCGCAGCAUUGUUUGGUGUGUAAUACUAACAUGUCGGAAGAAAAUUCAAACGAAGCGAGUCCGGUGAAAGUGAAAAAUAACAAUUCCGAUCUCCUAGGGAAAAUUGGAUUAGCUAUGAAAUUAAAAAGCCAAGAAGUAAAAGGGAAGCUGUUUGAUUAUAUUGUUAAUCCUACGGCGAAUGUUAAUAGCAAUACAGAAAAGAGAGAUGGCAAAGAUUUAGACUACAUUAAACGUCAAAGGAAAACCGCGCCCGUGUUUAGUAUAGACGAUGAUCAAGAGAUAGAUAUGACUAUGACUAAUAAUGAAAGUGAAGAGCCUAUUGAAGUAGUAUCUAUACAGCAAUGGAUGAAAGAUCCUAAAUUAUUACAUUCCUUUAAAUGUCAAGAAGUGAAAGUCAAUGGUGAUCUCUGUGAUAGUCAACUACUGGUUACUGAUAGUCAUCUUAUAGUACUACGAGAAAUCCCGGAGCGAAAAGGUGCUGCACAUGUAAUCGUGAAACGUCCCCUAACGAGUAUCGUUAAAAUAACGUCGAGAAAGCGACAUGCCGAUCUGAUAACUUUCAAAUAUGGUACAACACAAUAUAACGAUACAAUUAUUUCCGAUAUGGAUAAAUUUCUUAUACCCAAUGCAAGCGAAGCAACUAAAUUAAUUACGCAACAAAUCAUGAAACAAUUAAAAACAUCAGACUAAAUAUCAUAGAUACAUAUUUUAUAAAAAAAUUUCGAGUUACUGUACAGAAAUCGUAUAAAAACCAAUUUUUGAUGAAAAAUUUUCCUAACAAAUUCAGUUUUGACAAUAUGCAAAGGUACUUUAACUAUUUGUACAGUUAUUUAGAUUUUUGUUUAUGUAUAUAUUGUAGCUAUCAAAAUUAAUAUAAAAGUAUCGAUUAUUAAUAUAUCUGAUUGUUAAUGUGUUAAAAUAUAUUGAUUAGUUGGUUGUUUUACAUAGAGAAAUCAUGAUUUUUAUAAUAUUGUGAACAGAUAAAUUGAAUUCUAUAUAAUUUCUUAUAUUUAAUUAUUUAAUUAACAUAAUUUUGUGUGUACAUUUCAAAUGUACAAUCAUGUAGAUUUUUAUAAUUUUUCUCAAUAUCAGGGUGAAAUGACUGACCUAAAAACUAAUGCGUUCAUAACUUUGUAAUCACAUUUAUAUAUAUAAUUGUUAUAUUAAUCAUAUAAGAGAGAAUACAUU